AUGACGGCGGACACCGGCGACAUGGAGAAGGUCAAGGUGGCCGUGCGGGUGCGACCAUUUAAUAAACGAGAAAACGAGCUUCGCACCAAGUGCGUCAUCCAGAUCCAGGGCGCCGACCAGAUCAGCCUCGAGCCGGGCAGUGAAGAAAAACAACUCAAAAACUUCACUUUUGACCACGCGUUCUGUUCCAUCGAUCCCGCGGACUCGAAUUAUGCAAGCCAAGAAGAGGUGUUCAAAAACCUUGGCGAGGGCGUGCUGGACAACGCGUUUCAGGGCUAUAAUGCGUGCAUUUUUGCGUACGGCCAAACGGGUUCCGGAAAGUCCUAUUCAAUGAUGGGAACAUCUGAACAGCCUGGAAUAAUACCUCGACUCUGUGAUGCUGUAUUUUCAAGGAUUGAAGAGACCACUUCGGAAGAGCUGAGCUAUAAGGUAGAAGUCUCCUACAUGGAAAUCUACAACGAGAAAGUGCGAGAUCUCCUCGACCCAAAAUCAUUCAAAAAGGGCCACCUGAAAGUGCGAGAGCACAAGAUCCUAGGCCCGAUGGUAGAUGGCCUGUCCGUCCUCGCCGUGUCCAGCUACGAACAAAUCGCUUCCCUCCUCGAAGAAGGCAACAAAUCCCGGACUGUCGCGGCCACCAACAUGAAUGCCGAAUCAAGCAGAAGCCAUGCCGUGUUCACCAUCAGAUUGACGCAGAUCCUCAGCGACCUCAGCAACGAGUUCACCGGCGAGAAGGUGGCCAAAAUCUCGCUUGUUGAUCUUGCCGGAAGUGAGAGAGCUGGGAAGACUGGGGCUAUGGGAAAGCGGCUGGAGGAAGGAGGAAAUAUCAACAAGUCAUUGACGACGUUGGGGAUGGUCAUCUCCGCGCUGGCCGACAGAUCGAACAAGGGCAACCGGGAGAAGUUCAUCCCCUACCGGGACUCCGUGCUGACGUGGCUGCUCAAAGAUAAUCUUGGCGGGAACUCGAGAACUGUGAUGAUAGCUACAGUAUCCCCGGCUGGGGAUAAUUAUGAGGAGACGUUGAGUACGCUGCGAUACGCCGAUCGGGCAAAGAGGAUUGUCAAUCAUGCUGUUAUUAAUGAGGACCCCAACGCCAAGGUCAUCCGUGAACUUCGCGAAGAAGUUGAGCAGCUACGCCAGCAAAUCGACCAGGAGCGCCGGAAGGAGCACUCCGAAACGGAGGAGCUACGAGAAAGGCUAGCCGAAUCCGAGCGGAUCGUCGCGCAGAUGAACAAGAGUUGGGAGGAGCGAUUGCGGGAGACCGACGUCAUCUACAAGGAGCGACAACGCGACCUCUCUAGCAUCGGAAUCUCACUCGAGAGCUCGGGGAUCAAGGUGAUGCAGGACAAGUUCUACUUGGUGAACCUGAACGCCGACCCGUCGUUGAACGAGCUGUUGGUGUACUACAUUCAAGUGACGACGAUCAUUGGCACUGGAGGGGAUGAAGGGGAGAGAGGAUCGGCUGACAUCGUGCUCCAGGGUGUCGGAAUACAGCCGAGGCAUGCCAUGCUCGAGAUUUGCGAGGAGAACGGGAGACAUCGGCUGUACAUCUCACCUUUGGCCACUAAUGCGAGAACGUGCGUGAAUGGACGAGAAAUUGAGGGCCGUACGUUGUUGCGUAACGGCUUCCGCGUGCUGAUCGGCAUCAACCACUUUUUCCGUGUGAACUGCCCGAAGGAGGAGGUGGACAUGAUGGCGCAGUCGUACUUUGACGACAGCGGCGUCGGGUUCGACUAUCAGGACGCGUGGCAAGAGGCGAACGUCACCUCCUCGAUGGUCUCCAACAACCCAAUGUCGGUGGCCGUCGACCAGUACGUCGAGCAAAUGACCCGAAAACACGAGGAGGAGAAGCAGGCCGCCCUCGAGAAGCAGUACGAGACCUUCGAGCGGUACAUACAGAACUUGACGGGCGGAGGCAUGACCCCCUGCACCCCAAUGACCCCAGCCUUCCCGACCCCAUUGAGCACCCCCGGCUCGGCCCUGCCUCCAUUCGGAUUUCCGUCAAUGCCACGCCAAAGUGUCAAGCAUAGAUUCUUCUCGUGGGCCCAGAAAAGGGAGGAGAAGUUCUCGGAAGCACUGACCAAGCUAAAGCGCGAGAUUGCGGCGGCGAACGCGUUGGUGAGGGAGGCGAACAUGAUCAGCGGAGAGUUGGGGAAGAGCCAACGGCGUACGACGUAUGACGUGACGCUGCAAAUUCCGGCUUGCAACCUGAGGCCGAGCAAGUUGAGGGACGGCGGUUUCGUCUGCGAGCCCGUCAUCGUGGUGCGCCGUAUGGGCAUGGCGGGAUGCCAGUUCUGGCCGGUCAGCCAGCUGGAGAACAAGCUGGCCGACAUGCGCGAGAUGUACAACGAGAAGGUUUAUGGCGGGCAUCGGCGUACCCCAUCAACAUCACCAGAAGGUACACCCCUACACGAGGCCAAGGGACUACGCUUCGAUCCUCACUUCGAUUCCCAACAAAAUCACUCGCUUGUCGGGGUUGCAAACGUUUUCUUGGAAGUGCUGUUCCACGACUUGAAGCUGGAUUAUCAGGUGCCGAUCAUCUCCCAACAAGGCGAAGUCGCCGGUCGUCUACACGUUCAAGUGUAUCGGGUACCCGGGGAUGGCGGCCUCGGCUCGAGCCUCGACAGCGGCAUGGACAUCUCCCGACCCGAGAUGUUGCUCGGGAAAACGAUCAAGUGCAGGGUGCGCAUCCGCCGUGCCUCCUCCCUCCCCAUGAACCUCUCCCACUUUGUGUUCUGCCAAUAUUCCUUCUUCAACUUGUCGGAGAUGCUGGUGGUGCCCUCGGUCGACAGCUCCGAGCAUAUCCACAGUUUUGCCUUCCACCACGAAAGGGAUUUCGACGUGGUGGUGACCGAGGAAUUCUUGGAAUACUGCCAAGAGGAUGCGCUGUCGAUAGAAGUUUGGGGACAUCGCGGGUAUGAGGCUCAUGUCGAACGGGCGCUGGAGUUGGACACCAAGAACAAGACGUUGCAGGAACGAUGGCGAGAGGUCUCCCGCCGCUUGGAGCUGUCCGUCCAAGUGAUGGAGAUGAACGAGCAGGGCGUGUUUUGCCCGGUAGAAGUUCACGAGAGGCCCGAUGUGCUGACGGGAGGCGUUUAUCAAAUUAAACAAGGUCAACAACGACGCCUCGUUGUCGGUGUUGGUCUACCAGUCGCCGGAGGUGGCCUCCCAUUGAUCGUAGAAGCCAUAACAUCAGUCAGUAUUGGCUGCGUAUGCUUGCGUACCACCACCGAACACGUCGCCCUCGAUUCGUACCAAGAAGAGGAUCUCGAGCGGUUACGGCAACAAUGGGCGAACGCGCUCAGUCUACGCCAGGAGUACCUGGAGCAGCAGCUAGGACGGGUAUCCAACAAAUCGCUGCGGGAUUCUGAGCGCGAGCACUCCCUGAUGAGCCAAUGGGUAACGCUGGCAGAGGAGCGGAGCGCGCUCUCCAUUCCCGCGCCCAAUACCGAUAUCCCCGGGGCGCCGAGCGAUUGGAAUCCCCCGCUCGGCGUAGAAAAGCACGUCCCGGUGCUUUUCCUCGAUUUGGACGCUGAUGAUAUGACAGGUGAAUUCCAAGUGGCUGGAGUGAUCGACCAGCUGCCAGGCUCAAAUUGCUUGCUGCCUCGGGAAGACGGGCAAUGGCUUCAUCUGCCGAUGCUCGAGACCUGCGAGAGCUCAGCUACCUGCUCCUGGGACAGUUCCUCGCAUUGCGAGAAUUAUCUAAACGUCGUAACUGGGUCUACGCAGAGAAUCUACGCUGUUGUCAAGGCAAUCGUCCGCCUAUCCCACCCAAAACCAAUGUGCAUCGUGCUGCGAAAACGGAUAUGCCUGGCCGUGUAUAAGAAACCGUCGAUUACAGAGCGCAUUUUCAAGAAGAUCGCCGGCGCGGAAACGGCGAGCUCGACGAGUGUUUGGUACGAUGUGGUCGCCCACGUUCCGAAUUCUUCGCACGACGUCGAGGACCGAUCUACGUUGGCCUCGAUGGCGGCGAGGAGUGGCAGUGAGGACUCGCAGGGCGAGGGCGACGGUGAUCGACAGCUCUCCUACAUCACCGCCUACACCAAGAGCAUCCAAGAAGUCGAGUCGAUGAUGAAGCUCGAUAGGUUGCGGCAAGAAGUCGCCAUCACGAAUAUGCUCUCAAAGAAGGAGCGGCAAAACCGGAUGCAACACCUCGGCGUCGGGCAGUUUCGAAUGAAGCGCGCCGUCAGUUUGCCGAACACCAUUGCUAACGCUGUGGCUCAAAUGGCGAGCACACCAACGAGUCAACGGGACGAGGAGGCGAGACGGCUAGUGAACAGCCUCGUGUCGCCGUUGGGUGAGCGGUUGUCGGAGAUUGAUGAAGAGGGCCUUCGGGAUCAGCCGAUCCGAUCUUCCACGGUUCCCGAAGCGCUGCAAACGAUGCUCGACGGUAACGGCAACUCGACCUCGCUAUUCGCCAGCAUCUCGUCCACGUCAUCCGGCGUCAGCUCGGGCGUCGAGGAAACGAUCGGUGUACCCGUUGCC